AUGAAGAAGAAGGCCACCGACCAGCUCGUCUACGAGUCGAUCUUUCCACGUCCUAAACCGACCGAUCCAUAUGACUUCCCCAGCUUCCUGGAGCGAAACCUCGUCCUCGAGGUUCGCCAAGAGGUGCAUUCCUUCUUCGGAUACAUAAGCGACUUGGAGUCCAAGUAUCCGGGAUUAGACUACACACACCCGACGCAUCGCAUGCGACUCAGCCGCUGGUAUUGGCAUGGGCGUCUUUUCUGCGCAUUUGAUUCACUUGGCCUGACCGACGCCGAGAUCCACGGACUUACAAAGUGGGAAGGCACAAAGUGGGCCAAGGAGCGCUACGAGAAGGAUCAAGGUAUCAUCAUCCGUGACACCACGGCCGAUUUCAUCGGACAAUGGGUACCGCCCGAAGAGCGCCCGGCCUCACCUUCCUCCUCGAGCAGCCAUGGUGACCAGGAGGCGAGGGCCGAAGAUAGCGACGAUGAGGUUCAGGCGAGCGUUGGUGUUGAGCUUAACGAGCGUCUAGUCCAGCGGGCGGCUGCUCAUCUUGCUGGUGACAUGUCUGAGCCUUUGGACGAGGAGUGGGAGCAGUGGCUCAAGGCUGCUCUCGAGGCGGGUGAGUUUCCUUUGAUCGAAGCCGAGCUGCAAAACCGGCAGGCGGGUAACAGACCAUUCGACAUCAACUUGGCACAUGUCGUACCGCAACAUAUUAUGGCCGCAGCAACCUCGGGGCGCUGGAGCGAUGUUCCAAGUGCAUUGCAGAGCAUUUUACGUCCAGAGUUGCAGCGAGCUGGCCGUAACAGGCCUGAGGCGCGUGUCCCCUUGAGCCAGAACUUCGCACGCAGGACCCCCAGUGAAAGAAACUGGCUUGCCGCCUCACGCUCUGUCAGUGCUAGACGACCCGUUCCUGAAGCAGAGACCGACCAGACAAGCUUAGCAGAUCCCGUCCAACCACUGCCUUCUUCUCGAGAAAGGGAGUUCACACCAUCGUAUGGAAACCGGCCAGUCGAGCACACGAGACGACGGGCUGCAGACCGCCUCGAAGCCGAGGCCGUCGCGGCUGCGGCUCUGCUCGAGAGGCCCCAUGAAGGUACCCCCGGCAGACGAGCUGAGGCCGAGUUUUUCCUCACGCGGAUCGCGGAAAGGAAUAGACUUCGAUCCAGUCUCACAGAGCGUAGACCAACUCCGGAGACAAGAAGAGUCACAUCAUCAGCCAUGCCACGGCCAACCGCAACAGUACGCGUACCAACCCAACCCUCUCAGAUCAACCAUCAGGAUUCCCGCGGGUCAGCAACCCCCUCUGCCAGCGCCAGCGCCACAGCCACACGCACCUCAUCCCCGGCUCACCGACCACCUGGUUCUCUAUCCUCCGACCUUGAGGCACUCAGCAGGGCCCGCGAAGCCGUCAUGAAUCGCGCGGCCGAGGCUGCUUCAGAACAACAAGCUAGCCCCAACACCCCACCGUCAGAGCAAGAGCGUAGACGGCUUCGGUUGCCCACCACAGAGGAGCUCAUGGCCCUGGAGGAGGCUGCAGCAGCAGAUCGUCGAUCCUUACUCAACAUCCAACGUGACCUCACGAACCUAACACAAAGGUAUCACGAGUUGAGUGCCUCCAACGUAGCUGAGCCCGGAGCAGCUAGGCGUCGGAUCACGGUGCGGAUCCCUAGCAUAGGUCCUGCCCCGCCCACCACUGAGCACACCCCGUAG